AUGACAAUUGAGGAGACAAAGAACGUGGGGCCGGGCCCCAACGAUUAUGACGUGAAGGCUGUGCCUCAAGUCACCGCGACGAGCGAUUCAGAAUCGUCCUCAUCGCUUGGCGGCCGUCGAGGACAGAUCAAGCCCGUUGACUGUGCUUUUGACACAACGGAGGACCCGAGGUACUACAAGCCUAUCCCGGAGUAUGAAGGUGCUCAUCGCUGGGAUCCGGACUUUGAAUGGACAGAGGACGAAGAAAAGGCAGUUGUCAAGAAGAUUGAUUGGCGCAUCUGCACAUUUGCCUGUGUGACGUUUUUUGCUCUACAGCUGGACCGCGGCAAUGUCGUUCAAGCCACGUCUGAUAACAUGCUGGGUGACCUUGGCAUGAACACCAAUGACUAUAACACUGGCCAGACUAUCUUCCUGCUUUGCUUCCUAUUUGCGGAGCUGCCUUCGCAGUUAAUAUCCAAGUGGCUCGGACCCGACCGUUGGAUUCCAGUUCAGAUGGUUUCAUGGAGUUUGGUUGCCGCUUGCCAGGCAUUUGUCAAGAACCGCUCCACCUAUUUCGUUACUCGUGCUUUGCUAGGUCUGCUAGAGGGUGGAUUCAUUCCCGAUACAAUCCUCUUCCUCUCUUUCUGGUACAAGUCUAAGGAGCUGCCAAUCCGCCUGAGCUACUUCUGGGUUGCUUAUCAAGGAACAACAAUCGUCAGCGCUUUCCUGGCUUUUGGCUUCCUGCACAUCCGGCAAGCAGAUGGCACAGGAGGCUGGCGAUAUCUGUUUGCCUUUGAAGGUUUGAUCACCGGUAUCAUCGGCAUUAUCGCCGCGUUCUGGAUGCCUCCCUCGCCAACCCAGACCGCUGGCAGGUUCCGUGGUAAGGAGGGCUGGUUCAAUGAGCGCGAGGAGAAGAUCAUGGUCAACCGUAUUCUCCGGGAUGACCCCAGCAAAGGAGGUAUGCACAACCGCCAGGCUGUCACGCCCCGCAUGCUGUGGCAUGCCCUCAAGGACUACGACAUGUGGGUCAUCUAUAUUCUCGGCCUUACAUGGAUGAUCGCAAAUACUCCGUCCGCGAGUUACAUCAGUCUGCAGCUCAAGUCGUUGGGAUUCAGUACCUUCCACACCAAUUUGCUCACCAUUCCUGCCGCGGUUAUCUUCAUCUGUAACUUGCUGCUGUGGACCUGGCUCUCGGAGCGCUUCAAUCAGAGACUACUGCUUGGUGUUGGCUCCGAAAUCUGGGCCAUUGUCCUACUCAUCGCCCUGGAAGUUCUGCCGGCGCAUGUCAGUCCCUGGACACGAUGGACUCUGUUGACACUGCUCCUCGGCAUGCCAUAUGUGCAUGCGAUCCUCGUGGCGAUUACAUCUCGCAAUGCUGGUACCGUUCGGACACGAACUGUCGCUACUGCGUUGUACAACAUGAUGGUUCAAGUCAGCAACAUCAUUGGCAACAAUAUUUACCGUGAACAUGACAAGCCAUACUACCGCACCGGCAACAAGGUGCUUAUUGCCCUUGCUUCAUGGAGUUUGGUGAUGUUUAUCAUCGCGAAGUUCUACUAUGUGUGGCGGAACAAGAAAAAUGCUGCCAUUUGGGACAACAUGACAAGCGAAGAAAGAGAGCGCUAUGUCGUCGAGAACAAGGAUCUUGGAAAUAAGAGAGUCGACUUCCGCUUCUUACAUUAG